AUGUUUGAGGAAGAUGAUCUCUCAAACGUCUUCGCGGUUCCAGACUUCCGGGAGCCGUCCAAAUGGCUACAAGACCGACUGCCUCGGGCCGACACUGGCUUCUUUGCUCUCGACCUAAUAGACACAGAGUUGGCUUCUUUAUGCAACCCUCCCGAUCCUCAACCCAGCGAACUCUUUACGCUCCCUGCCAUAGACCCUGCUCCGCAACAGGAGGAGUCGAACUCGACCGAGAUCCCCGAUUUUACGUUCGAAGAACCCUCAAUAGAGGAAGAGGCUGAAGUGACCGAUUUCUGGUUGGGGUUUGACAAGCCCGCCGCGAAGCUACCGGAGUACAAGACUUGGGAAGGCUUCCAGUCUCCCGACAUUCCUUCGAAAAAGCCAUUGUUCAUAACGGAGGCUGGGCCUGGGGCAUUUGAUGCCUUGAUUGGGCUUAAGGAGGAUCCUCUACAAAUUGGAAGUGCUGUGUUCACCGUGGUGGAAGCUGAGACAUAUUGCAAUGCGGUUCUAGCUUUGGCUCUUGGAAGAGACUCGGUGUUCUUUUCCUGGCAAGACGAGCAUGAAGCCUUCAAGCCAGCCUUACCCCAGGUCAGGAUACCGGCAUAUUCAGGCAAGGCUAUCCAGGAAGUCCAGCGUUCAUGUCUCAAGUGUGGCAAUACAUAUCGUCAACUUCGCAAGUUUGUCGACAGUACAUAUUUGAAGAACCCGACUCCAUGCCGUGUUGCUCUAGCGAGCGCUGUGGACAAGGCCCUCUUGGUUAUCCAGAGCAGUGUCGCCUUGCAUCACCAACAUCCGCGGUCGAUUCUCCAAGUUGAAUCGCUCGUCGCGCACAUAUACACUACCUUGCGCCAAUUUGAGUCGUUGGUGUCAAAGAUUCGACGAGAUUAUCUGGAUGAGGAUGUUUUCGUCAUCGUAUUCCAGCAGGCUCAGUCUGCUGAGUACGCCGAGACUCAUCUCAGAGAUAUGAUGCGAGAAGUCCUCCGGCGAGUUUCAAAACCCUGGAUUGAGCUUGUUGAAGAGUGGAUCGGCACACGGCGUGAACUUGGCGUGCCUCUAAGCAAACACGAAGUCGGAAGGCAAAAGGGCUUCAUCAAGGUGGAAUCCGAAACCUAUAUGGACGACUUCGGUGACGAGGUCGACGAGGUCGAUUUCCGCCUUGAUACUAAGCGAAUCCCUAGCUUUAUGCCGGAAGAUGUUGUUAAAUCUCUAUUUGAGGUGGGACGAAAUCUUCGUUUCAUAAGGUCAAAUCAUCCCGGACACCCUUUGUCACAAGAGAGCACUAUCUCUUCCAGUCGGCCCCCGACAGUUGAGUGGCUUUUUGACUGGAACUCGGUCGUGCAGUUAGAGCAUAGGAUCCGAUCAUACGAAAGUGCGGUUGUUGAAGCCAUCAAGAACUUUUCUCUACAGGGAUCAGCCAAAACAGCGACACCAACUUGGCCGAUUGGAAACUCAGCGACCUAUCAAUUGCAACUGUUUGGCCUGGACGAGAAUCAGCUACAAAACAAAUUGGUCUUAUCUAUCCAGGACUUCGCCAAACCGAUUGCUGACUCGACGUCAGAAGACCUGCUAGGCAUUAUCAUUAGGGAGCGCUUAUCUGAUGUUACGACCGAGAUCGCCAGUGCCGGCACUGAUUUUACACCGCAUUGGUCACUGCUUCCAAUUCUCUCAUUCGGGUCCAUCAUAUCUGCGCAAUCUAGAAUCGUGGGCAGGGAAACUCUGAAACUGCUCUUCACAUCCCACAACUUGCGUGAGCAUCUGAAGCUUCAGAAAGAGUUCCAAUUGUUAGGCAACGGAUUCUUCUGUAGCCGCCUCUCUCAUGCCCUAUUUGACCCAGAUCUCGAGACGGCAGAGAGACAGUCUGGUGUUGCUCAUCAAGGCGGAGUCAUGGGAUUACGAUUAAGUGGUAGGGACACUUGGCCACCCGCCAGUUCUGAACUACGCUUAGCCCUUAUGGGAGUAUUAACGGAAAGUUACGAGGGGCCGCUGCACGAAGACUCAAGACCUCGAGAUGGCGAAAAGAAUGAACUCCCCGGGGAUCUUAGUUUCGGAGUCCGGAGUCUCUCGAAUGAGGAAAUCGACAAAUGCAUGGAUCCCACGGGACUAGAGGCCUUGGACUUUCUCCGGCUAUCCUAUAAGCCACCUGCAGCUCUAGGGGCCAUUAUCACCCCCGUCAUUUUGGUGCAGUAUGACCGAGUUUUCAAACUGCUGCUUCGAGUGCUACGGAUGCAAUAUACUGUCAACCGUAUCUUCCGUGAUGUCACGGCUAGGGAGUCGGGCUGGCAGGAUGUCGAUGACAUAUCUAUUCGCUUCUGCUUCGAAGCUCGUCAUUUUAUAUCCAGCCUCAGUUCCUACAUCUUCGAUAUCGGCAUCGAAAUACCGUGGCAGGCAUUUGAGAAACUACUGAGCCAAAUCGAGAUCGACCUCGGAGCCGAAGACCAGAGCACAUUCUCUACCGCAGUCCUCAGCCCUGACCGUCUGAGGGAACACCAUUCUCAAGUACUUGAUCGAAUCAUGCUAGCACUACUUUUGCGCAAGCGGCAACAGCCUGUGCUCAAGCUUCUCGACGACAUUUUCCGGGUCGUGUUGAAGUUUGCUCAAUACUCGAGACUUCAGAAUGCUGGGCGGAAAGCUCAUGGCCAAGGUGGCACUACUGCGAAGGGCUUAUACAAGAUGUUUAAGCGGAAUGUAGAGACGGCGAACCUGCAGUUCUGGAAACAAUUCUUCGAGGCCUCGGCCAAUGUUUCCCUCUCCGGCUACGAGGAGAACGCCAACAAUGGAGACGAUGAAACCGGCGCAACCGAAGAGGAGUCUACAGUUCAAGAAGACACAUCCGUCGACUAUACCCGCACACCCCAACAGCAACGCACCGAAGGCGAAGACAUGACCAUAGUUUCCACCGCCGACUCUACAUUCCGCGCAGACGAUUCCGUACUCGACGACAAUGACCUUACUGGCAGCACACCUCGGCCACCUAAAACGAAGAUGAUGAAACCGCAGUUCUCAAACCUUGAAUCCCCUUACGAGGCACUCAAGCGCGAGCUGAAAGGCGAGCCACCUGCGCCGCAUGAAGAGGACGACGAGAACGAGGAUAUUGGGCUCGAGGAGGACUCAACCGUCCUCUUCGCGCAGCACACGGCCCGUCUUCCAGACAUGUCCAUGACGCCGCGCUCCUCGUUCGCGCCGCCGCAACAGCAGCAGAGUCACAAGGACCCGCUUAUGCAUCGCAUGCUUGACAAGACGUUCCGCAUCCAGGCUACGCCGCACAAGGGUCCCACUUACCGCGUCUCGCCGCUUAAGCGUGAUGACAAGAACAAGGAGAAGGAAAGCGUACCUGCAUGGCAGCAGGACUCGCCCAUGUCCUCGCCUGUCAUGGCGGUUCCCAAGCUACGUAGUGAGGCCUUCAUGUCUCCUAUCAAGAGCAAUGCCCGACAGCGUCUUGCUGCCGCGACUGCAUCUGCGGGACCAAGGACCCCGGGCGUGAGCGUGCAAACACCGGGUGGCGCGAGGAAAACCAAGGAUGUGUUUGCUACCAAAGGCAACUACGAUGACGAUACAACUACGGAUCUCGGUGCCAAGUUCGAUAAGCAAAAGUAUGAGAUUGAUUGGGAAAGCGAUAGUGACGAGGACCAUGGGCUGUAUGGCGGUAUGAGUCCGCCCAAGACCAUCCAGUUUGCGCUUCCCCCGUCGAAACUGCUUCAGACUCCUGCUCGCGAGGCAAGCAAGCGCAUUGUGGACGAUAUUCUACUUACAGCGGGUGCCGAGCCGCAGAGUUCAGAGUAUAGUCCUACGAUGGUCAAGAUGAACGAGGACAUUCUCAAUGAAAGCUUUUGA